AUGAUAGAUAAUCAUUUGCGAGUUCUUGUGGAGAAAGAAGUUGAUACAAUCCUAAGUAGAUGUAAUUUGUCAGAAAAGAUGCCUCACUUACGUAAUUCAAUCCAUAAGGAUGGGGACGACGAAGUUGGUACCCCAUUGGCUGAACUAGAAGAUACAAGUCCAGCCGUUAUUUCAGAGUGUUUGAAAGCCCUGCUUGGUCUUAUUUUGGGAAGCGAAAUUUCCCUGCCUGAGUUUGAGCAGAUACAGGUUCCAAAGUUGCAUUCUGAAGCUUCUAUAGGAGUGGCCAGAUCAUUGGGUGAAGCUUAUGAGCUUAUUUAUAAAGCUAUAAUGGAUCCCAAAAAAUGGGAAUCCAGAUCCCAGGUCGUUGGCAAGGCAUCCUCCUAA